UCUCUCUCUGAAACAGAGAGAGAGAGAGAGAGAGAGAGAGAGAGAGAGAGAGAGAGAGAGAGAGAAUGGUAAAAUUCUCGAAGGAGCUGGAAGCUCAGCUGAUUCCUGAAUGGAAAGACGCCUUUGUCGAUUACUGGCAACUCAAGAAGCUGGUUAAGAGAAUCAAGUUGUCGCAAACACCUAACCCUCCUCCACCCUCCGUCGCCGCCGCCUUCAUUUCUUCCCUCGCCGGAAAGUUCCGCAGCCUCCCUUCCGACCACCAACUCUCUCAGGUGAAGAAGAAGAAGAAGAAUGACAGCUUUGAAGAUGGUGAUCCUAAUGAACACCAUGAAACUGAACUGUCUCAAUUCUUCUCCGAAGAAGACGAAGUGAAGAUAUUUUUUGAAACGUUGGAUGAAGAAUUGGAGAAAGUUAAUGAAUUUUAUGGAAGUAGAGAGAGUGAGUUUAUGGAGAGAGGGGAUAGUCUUAGAGAACAGCUUGGAAUUUUGCUUGAAUUCAAACGGAUUCUUGAAGAUCGCCGCCGUAAAAUUUCGCCGUCGGCAUCAUUUUCCCGUUCCUCCUCUACUUUUUCUCCACGUCACUCCAGUUUUUCCGAGAACACAGAAUCAAAUGAAACGUCAGCAGAAGUAUCGGAGACGGAUGAAGCAAUAGCGGCGCUGGAGAAGCACGGCGUAACGUUCAUUAACGCCGCCGUGAGAGGCAAAACGAAGAAAGAGAAUAAACCCAUGAUGGCGCUACGAGUGGACAUUCCGGCAACUACUCCGUCGAGAACAAUCUCCGCCGUGAUGGGGAUGUUAUGGGAGGAUCUCAUCAACAACCCAAAAAAGGACGUCUCCGGCGACUCCAUUAGCCGUAAAAAAAUCCAGUGGGCCGAGAAGAUGAUACGUGGUGCCUUUGUUGAGCUCUACAAAGGCCUCGGCCUCCUCAAAACCUUCAGCUGGCUCAACAUGAAGGCCUUCGUCAAGAUCCUUAAAAAAUUCGACAAGGUGGCGAACCAAAAGGCGUCGGCGAGCUAUCUUCAAGGAGUGAAAAAGUCGGCCUUUAUCAGCUCCGAUAAGGUGGUAAGACUAAUGGACGAAGUGGAAUCCAUAUUCACAAAGCACUUCGCCAAUGAUGACAGAAAAAAGGCAAUGAAAUAUUUGAGGCCUCAGCAGCCUAAAGAUUCCCACAUGACCACUUUCUUUGUUGGGUUAUUUACGGGUUGCUUCAUGUCGUUGUUCAUUGUAUACGCAUCGUUGGCUCAUUUGUCUGGCGUCUUCUCUGGUCCAAAUGAAGUUUCUUAUAUGGAUGUUGUCUAUCCUGUUUUCAGUAUGUUUGCAUUGCUAAGCCUGCACAUGUUUAUGUAUGGCUGCAAUCUCUUUACCUGGAAACAAGCAAGAAUCAAUUACAACUUCAUUUUCGAGUUUCAGUCAAGUACGGCACUUAAGUACCGCGAUGCUUUUCUUAUUUGCACUACCACCAUGACUGCUGUGGUUGGAGCUCUUGUCAUUCACUUAAUCUUAGGACUCUCUGGUUUCUCACCUGUCCAAGUUGAUUACAUUCCGGGACUUCUUCUUCUCAUUUUUGUUGUCCUUCUCAUAUGCCCGUUUGACGUGUUCUACCGACCGACACGCUAUUAUUUUCUACGUGUGUUUCGAAACACGGUUUUCUCUCCUUUUUAUAAGGUUCUGUUAGUUGACUCUUUCUUGGCAGACCAACUUACAAGCCAGAUCACUCUGCUGAGGCUCAUGGAAUCCGCUAUCUGCUACUUCACUGCGGGUUCGUUCGGCAUGCGUCGAGGUGAGGUCUGCAAAUCCGGGACAUUAUACUGGGAAUUGGCUUACCUCAGUUCAUUUUUGCCGUACUAUUGGCGUGCAAUGCAGUGUGCAAGAAGAUGGUUUGAUGAUAAUGACUUGGACCAUUUGGCUAACUUGGGCAAGUAUGCAUCAGCCAUGGUGGCGGCCGGUGCCAGGCUUACAUAUUCUCGGCAAGACACUCACUUCUGGUUCAUAAUCGUCUUGGUCACUUCCUUUGUAGCAACAAUAUAUCAGUUGUACUGGGAUUUUGCCAAGGACUGGGGAAUUCUCAACCCGAAAUCUCGAAAUCCAUGGCUUCGAGACGAACUCAUCUUGAAGAGCAAAGGCAUCUACUACCUGUCAAUUGUUUUGAAUGUGAUCCUAAGAGUUGCUUGGGUGGAAACAGUGUUACAGUUGCAUAAAUUGCACAUUAGAAACAUCGAGUCGAAAAUGCUCGACUUCCUGUUGGCUUCGCUCGAGGUUAUCCGACGAGGGCAUUGGAAUUUCUACAGAUUGGAGAAUGAACAACUAAACAACGUUGGAAAAUACAGGGCUGUGAAGACAGUUCCUCUACCAUUCCUUGAUGCCGACUCCGAUGGCUAAGACCGAUUUAUGAAUGUACAGGUCUGGUCCCUAACAAAGCUGACCUGAAGGAAGGGAUGAGGAUGGUCAACAUAUACUAAACUAUAAUUAAGCUCCAUCUCAUUCAUCCUAUUGUUCCAAUUCACACUUGUAAAGUACAAAGUGUAAUUUCCGACGCAUGGUCCCAAGCGACAAAACUCUCGCUCGGCUCCUCGACACAUAGUAAUUUGAUUGGUAAGUGUAAGGUAAUCCUAUUUUCUCAAAUUGUAAGGAAUGCUUGUUUCUAGUGAAACGUUAGCUCUGCUCGAGCAGCAGUUGAAACUACCCCGAAAUCUGCCCCCUGUGUGUAUAUAGUACGUGCUCAUGACAACUCCAGAAGAUACCAAGUUAGAGUUGGCUUACAAUUGCAAUAUCCUAAGCAACAGAACUCAUGUACCUUGGAGAUUGAAAUUCAAAACAAUGAACACCAA